AAACACGGCAGUAGAGCAGAAGGACGGGCGCUAUGGACCACCAUCGGGUUGACAGGGUGGGCCUUCUGUCUCCCCUGGAGGAGUCCAGCGCUGAGAUAAGUCGAGACAGCGGCAUCGUUUCACAGAGCGCGAGCAGUUUGUCCAUGGUGAGCGAAAUCCUCAGCAGCGGCACCGUGUCGCAGAGCCCCAGCUUUGGCGCAGCGGCGAACGUUACUCCUCAGAGCCCGAGCCUCAGCGAGGCAGCGGAGCCCGAGACAGCCCACCGGCACGAGCCAGAGCAGGACGACGAGGUCCUGAGACACGCCGCCCUCGGCUACUCGUCCUACAUCAAGGCGACAGCCGGAGAAGAGAUACUGUGCUUGGACAAGAGCCUGGAUGAAAUGCUGACGAGAGUAGAUGAGUUUGUUGGAAUGCUGGAUAUGAUCCGUAAUGAUACCUCCCAGAUAGUGAAUGAAAACCUACCUCAAAUCCAGCAGAAGUCAGAUGAAAUGAGACAAAUAUACAGAAGAAUUGAUAAGUUAGAGGCCUUUGUAAAGAUGGUGGGGGCCAACGUCAAUGCAAUGGAGGAGCAGGUCACGCUGGCAGAGGGAGAUCUAGGAUCACUUCCAGGUGCUUUCAAGAAGAUCCUCCGCACCAUGAGUGUACCAGGCUUCCUAAACAAACCAGCGAGCCCAAGAAGACCAACACCACAUCAGCGUCAAGAGAUCCCCAGUGUGUUCCAGACAGACAAUUAUUUCACAUCACAGCCAGAGCAGUGACACGACACGCCAAACAUUUAACACAUCACUUGGUUCUAACCUCAGAGGCCUGUUGGGUGAACUGUAGAGACAGCUUUUACUGCCAUCCAUUUCAAGAGGAUCUUUUGGUGCAGCGGCCUCAACAAAGCAAUAGGAGCCUUUCUGAACAAGUUCCCGGAAGUCCUGUGCGGGAAGACUGCAUUUUUGAGUGUCAUUUUCCUGGCAGUCAGAGCACUGAACUGUAGCUAAAUGAUUUAAAUGGUGCCUCAUUUGGUCUUAUGUCUGUCGGAUUAGUGUUCACUACCUGUGCAGAAAACAAUGUCAGAUGUUGGAUUUGUGACAAGUCAAGAGGACAACGUCAUCCCACUUGCCAAUGUGACACUGUAAACAAGGUACAAUAGAUGGAACUGUAAAAAGCUUAAGAUGUAUUACAUAAAUAAUUAACCCAGUUUUUUUUAUAAAUUACAUUCCUUUUACUGAAGUUUGUAAAGAAUUGCACGCUGUUAUGAAUUAAUCUGUAUUUCUAAUGUCUCCUCACUCUCCCCGAGCAAUAUGGAUCUCAUCCAGUUAAGCAUAUAAUGUCUUCCAUUUAAAAAUAUUUGCUUUAUUGCUAGCCUGAGUUAUUAGCUAUGGAUGCCAGUUGCCUCGUUUAUAUGGGGCUACGUAUUUGAUAAAAUCAAAGCACACAAUAAUUUAGUUAUUAGUUUAUAGUUCAUGAUGAAAGUUUGGGCCUGGUUUGGAGCUUUGGUUGAGUUUUGUAACUAGCUGGAGGUUACUUGGAUUUUGUUCAUGGGACUUGAUACCUAGUUAUUAUUUGAUUCUGUAUUUGCCAAAAUAGUUAGGAAUAACAAUGUGUCAUUACCAGGUAACAUUUGCUAUGUUUUUUGAAUAAACAUUAAAGACUGA